GCUGCAGUUGACCCCUCACUCCCUCAACACCCCCCCUAUACAGGGUAGUCCUCAUGGCGGCGACAGAGACCUCCAUGGUGGAGGCCUUCGACAUGGAGGACCAGGGUGUGGAAGCGCCAAAGGCCUCCACUCCGGCGCUCUUCCGUGAUGUGCACUGGGAUCAAGGAGGAGAUAUGCGGGAGUUUCUGAUGACUCUGCGGCAGGAUCUCUUCAAUCGACUGGAUCAUCAACAGGAGGUUCUGGACACGCUCCUGCGACCCAUUGCCAAGCACGUGACGUCGUCCUCGCCGAAGAGUAAGAAGGAGAAGCUGCCGCCAACAACGCAUGGGAGUGAAGCCUCCUCUGCAGCCUCCGCCGAUGAUAAGAAGAAGACCAAGAAGGGCCGUAUCAGCUUCACCCCCAGGAUCUUCACGUCCUACACCAACGACGACCUGGCUCAUGCGGCCAUGGCCAACAUCGCGGACGCGAACCAGAAUCGGAGCAAGUAUUGUGCUGAGAAAACUGGCUGUGUGGACAUAGCUCGAGACGACCGCAGCUGUGCAGAGAGGAUUGUGAAGAACAACGUCUUCGACCUCGUUUGUGCUCUCGUGGUGAUCUCCAACUCGAUCUUUCUCGGGGUGGAAGUGGAGAUCAGCAUCUCCAGCCAGGGCCAGAGGCAAACCACCAUCCAGGUCAUCGGCUACGCCUAUACACUGUGGUUCCUCCUUGAGCUUUGCCUGCGCAUCGCUUGUGAUGGUCGUGCCCUCUUCUGUAACGAGGACUGGAUGUGGGCCUGGCUGGAUGUCUUUGUGGUCUUGACCUCCUUGUGGGAGGUCGCAGUGGAUCUCACCUAUGUCUUCAUGGAGACGGAGGAGAUCGGAGAAGUCGUGGGUGUCUCGGGCCUCAAGGCGUUACGCAUCAUCCGCAUCACCCGCAUCCUAAAGGCGAUUCGCCUCAUGCGGGUCUUCCGCUUCGUUAUGGCUUUCCGAACGUUGAUUACCUCGAUCAUCUACACGUUGAAGUCGCUCUUUUGGGCGUGUAUGCUACUGAUCGUCAUUAUGUAUGUCUUUGCCGUCCUCUUUACGCAGGCGGUGAACGACUUUCUCCUGGACUUUGGCUCUGCCAUGACCGAGCUGGAGAGUGUGGCGGCGGGGCAGUACUUCGGGUCGCUGGACAAGACGAUGCUGACGUGCUUCAUGAGCAUCGCGGGUGGUGUGAGCUGGGGAGAGGUGCUUCCGCCUUUAAGGACCAUCUCGGAGGCAUGGGUGGGUCUUUACUUGAUCUAUAUCGCCUUUACCUACUUCGCGGUUUUGAACGUAGUGACGGGCGUUUUCUGCCAGUCGGCCAUCGAGUCGGCACAAAACGAUCACACCACCGUGGUGCAUUCCAUCCUGAAGAACAAGGAGCUACACGUGGAGAAGCUAAGGAAGUUGUUUAGCACUCUGGGUGACAGCACGGAUGGUGUGGUCACCUUCGCGGCCUUCGAGGAAAAGAUCAGCUCCAAGGAUGUGCAAGCCUACUUCGAGGUCUUGGGCCUGGAUGUGGACGAUGCCUGGUCCUUCUUCAAGUUGCUGGACUUGGAUGAAGGCGGUGAGGUUGAGAUCGAAGAGUUUCUGAUGGGAUGUUUGAGAUUGAGAGGCAACGCACGGGCCAUCGAUGUGGGAAAGAUUAUUCAUGAUCAAACGUGGCUCAUCCGGAAUGUUGGGAAGUUCCAAACCUAUGUCGAAGUUGAGCUGCGUCGGAUCCAGGAGCAGAUCGCUCACGCCGUUCACAGCGACGCGGGCCAUUCGGCGCUUCACUCCGUGUGCGACGACAAUUCCCCUGCAGAGAUCAUGCCCGUGUACUGACCGACGGACAAGCUCAGAGGGUCGACGGUCAAACCACUAAGUGGGCAGACCCAAUCCUCAGCUGAAAGUACAUUAAGCUGAGAAUGUCAUAUUCACGUUUUCGUCC